UAAAUAUUAACAAACGUUGUAGAACAGCUUAUUGAUACAACAAACCGAAAAAGACAAUAUACCCAGAGAGCUAUGACAUCAAAUUUAAUUGGGUUCUUCCAACUUCACGUUCAAUGAUAAUAAACGACUGUCAAAACAUAACGAAAGGUUAAGGUUUAUCUUGUGGCAUGUUUGAUUUCAACUCUAUAUGUGUGAAUGUGUUGGACGCUAACUAAAACAUGAGUCUCGUGAACAUCAUUAUAUUAUUAGCAUUUGUGCAGAAGAUUAAAGGACAAAUUGAAUCACCCUGUCCAAAAUAUUUUGUUUUUGAACCAAAUAAAUCUGAAGAUGAUAGAUGGUAUGGUAUUAUCUCAUUAAGCAGCACGAGAGAUUUGAAAGGAAUUAAUUUGUAUCUAGAAUUUGAUAAAUCAAUUAUUCAGUUAGGGAACUGGUUAGGUGCUGUGAAGUCAGAUUCGGCAAACACAAAAUUUACUAUAAAGAGUAACAAAGAAAUGAAAGCGAAUACAGUAUACAAAGCAGAAAUAUAUGUUGUAUACGAUCCUUAUUAUGAUUUGAAACCUCCGAGAUUGAUAAAAAUUAAAUUAAAUGAUAAGGAAAUAUGUCCCCAUUACGAAGAAGAAAAAAUUGUGCAAACUAUCACAAAUAAUAAUAAUUACAGGCCAUUAUUAGAUAUCAAUAUUAAUGUACCAAAAUGUGGCAUUCCUAUAGCUACCCCCGUUGCGCUAAUUACUGAAGGACAACGUACCCAACCAGGUCAAUUUCCUUGGCAUGGUGCUCUUUAUCGAAAAGAUGGCGAUACAGAUGUUUAUAUAUGUGGUGGAACACUUAUUGAUAAACAACACAUUGUAACUGCUGCCCAUUGUGCUACCAAACAAAAUUUUCAACUUCCUCGUGAUCCCAAGGAAAUGGUUGUGAUUUUAGGAAAGCAUGGCCUAUGGGUAUCAGGAAAAUUCGAGCAAUCGUUUUCGGUAAUAAAAGUGAGUGUACACGAAAAUUUCAACCGAACUUCCUUUUACAAUGACAUUGCAAUUCUAAAAUUGAAUAAACCAAUCGAAUACUCUAACUACGUAAGACCUAUAUGUUUAUGGGAAGAUAGUAUAUCCUUAGAUACUGUAAUUAAUAAAGUAGGAAUUUCAGUAGGAUGGGGCAGAGAUCACAAGGGACAUUCCACGACUGAUUUAUUAAUGCAGGCUAACAUGCCAGUUAUAGAUACCUUGGACUGUAUUUAUUCUUAUCCAGAGUUUUACUCCUUAUAUACAAAUAAAGAAAUUAACUUUUGUGCUGGUUACGGAAAUGGCACGUCUGUAUGUCUCGGUGAUUCAGGAGGUGGUCUGAUUUUCCCCAAAAGUGGCUCAUCUGGAGCCAACUCUGUUUGGCAGCUAAGAGGGAUUGUUUCGAAUACUGUAUCUAAAGGAGAUAGUUGUGAUUCCAAUAAAUAUGUUAUUUUUACUGACACAACCAAAUAUUUGGGCUGGAUAGCUAAAACUAUCAAAACUCCUUAAUUUAUCAUUAAAGUUAUACAGAUAUAUUGGAAUGAAUAAAUUUAUUUUUUAAACACGUAAUCAAUAUUGAAUUUCAUAUUUGACUGAUAAAUGCGUGUUCCAGCAAAACAUUAUUGUAAGCUUUCAAUGAAAGUAGUAAUAAUAAAUUAAUAAAAAAAUUAAGUUAUAAUAA